AGAGAAGGCAGGGUUUUAGCCUCAUCUUCUUCCGUCAUUUGCCAUGCCAUCUGAAAACGAAAAAGAGAGCAGGGUUUUAGCCUUCUUUCUAAGCCAUUUCUCUACUCUCAGUUGAAGGAGCUCUCUAUUUCGCUACUUGAUAUUCGUUUACAGAAGAACUCUACGCCGUCUUCCGUUUUCUUCUCUGUAGACGUCAAUUCGUCUCAAUUUGGGGGCUUUGUUCGACUGACGAUGAUGCCACUACAGAACCCUGUGUCUCUCCCCCGCAAAACCCCGCUCUCUUUUCGUUUGGAUGGAAUUCCUCUUCCUCGCCUUUCAGUUCCUAAGCUCGCUCCAGCUUGCGCUAACCACGUACGGAUAGCUGGACUCGCCGCAUGUUCUUCUUCCGCUUCCCUGAACUCUAGUCGCUCAAGCCUGUUUAUGGAUUUGGGCUCUUCUGGAGUUGGAAUUCGGCAGCUGGGCGUCGCUCGAUUUCGAGUUUUGGCGGUUUCUGGUGGCGGGAGUGGAGGAGGAUAUGGUAGCGGAAACUCUGGCGGCGGCGGGGGUGGUGAAGGCGCCGAUGCUGGCGGCUCUUCUCCCGGUGGAGAUAACUGGUCUUUGCUUUCAUGGUAUUUGAGUCUUCUGGCCAAGUAUCCUGUUCUUACCAAAGCUGUGACAUCAGGAAUUCUGAAUUUCCUUGGAGAUUUAAUCUGUCAGCUUGUGAUUGAUAAAGUUCCAUCUCCAGACUUGAAGAGGACUUUCCUAUUUGCCUUUCUGGGGCUGGUACUAGUUGGUCCCACUUUGCAUUUCUGGUAUUUGUGUCUGAGCAAGUUGGUGACGGUUCCUGGAGUAGCAGGUGCAAUCAUACGUCUCACACUUGACCAGUUCCUUUUCUCCCCGGUGUUCCUCGGUGUCUUCUUAUCAGCAUUGACUGUGCUUGAAGGAAAGCCGGCACAAGUUAUGCCAAGGCUGCAACAGGAAUGGUUCUCUUCUGUCAUAGCAAAUUGGCAACUGUGGAUACCCUUUCAGUUUCUCAACUUCAGAUUUGUGCCGCAGCAGUUUCAGGUUCUCGCUGCAAAUGUUAUCGCCCUGGCGUGGAAUGUGAUACUCUCAUUCAAAGCACACCGUGAGAUUUUGGAGAAAUAGCGGUCGAUAGAGUUGUAGCAUGAUCGAGGCUCCGAGUAUUGUACAUUUUUGUUGCUGUAAAAUGCUAGAAGGUGCGGGGGAAAAACUUUUAAAAUAGUUGUUGUUGAGGCCUCGAGGGCAUGUAUCAGAUCAGAGACUAUUCUGGGUGAAGCCAGUUUGCUGCUUUCAAUCAAACUCCAAUCCACGCUACUUGAAGCAAGGUAGCAAACCGCAAA